AUGUCAUCAAGACUUAUUCUUAUUACUGGAGCAAAUAGAGGUAUUGGGUUUGCAACCCUCCAAGCCCUAAGCCUCAAAAGCCCAACCGACAACUUUAUAUUAGCAUGCCGACAAAAAGAAAAGGGGUUUGAGGCAGUGGAACAAUUAAGAGACUUUGGUAUUCAGUCAGAGAUCGACGUACUCGAAGUGGAUGUGACUUGUGAUUACAGUCUGAUUUCACUCGCCGAGAAAGUCAAAACGAAAUAUGGGAAACUGGAUGUCUUGAUAAACAAUGCCGGUGUUGGGCUGUUCCACGACUCAUUCUCCGAAAUGCGUUCUACAUAUAAUCGCACACUUGAUACCAAUGUCACAUCUGUGGCGAUGACAAUUGAAGUGCUGUCGCCACUCUUGCGUCGCUCAUCUCGAGGUCAAAUUAUCAAUGUGUCGUCAGCACGCAGCUCCUUGGAGUUAUCCUCCUCAGGGAAAUUACCCCCAACGAAGGCUAUCGCAUAUAGUUUGUCGAAAACUGCACUCAACAUGCUGACGGUGGAGUAUGCAAAGAUACCGGAGAAUAAAGAUCUCAUUAUCCAAACAGUCAGCCCGGGGCAUUGCAAGACAGCAUUUAAUAACUACCGCGGAACAAAAGAUCCCCUGGAUGGCGCGAAGGUGAUUGUUGCCCUAUUGCAUUCUGACACCUCGAUGUUUGGAAACGGGUUCUGGCAGAUGGAGGAAGGAGAAGAUGUUCCCGUGAAAAUUCCGUGGUAA